GAUCAUUCAACGGGCCUGCAGAAGUCCAUUGGGAGGAAUGACAUAAACAUACGAGUUUUGUACUUUUGUUGCGGCAUUCAAAUGUUACUAUGUUAGAGCUUUCCAGUGUAAUACUUUAAUAAAGUUUAAACAGGAAAAUAAAUUUAAAAUGAAAAUUCCAUUUAAAUUUCUGUAGCAAAUAGAUCUAUGAAAAGGGAAAGAUAGACAAAAAGGGAGAGGGGCUUCAUUUUUCUAUUUCCUGAGCCAGAGGAUCUGGGAAAAGGAAAGGAAAGCAGACUCAAAUUUCACAGAGAAGAAACAUACCGUCUACUGUCCGAGCCCUCUCCCACCAAAUUAAAAAGAAAGGGGCCAUCUCCAAAGUAAAGAAGAGCAGAAUUCAAAAUCCGGGUCUCUGUCUAAGCAUCAGUUCCAAGUCUGGGUGGGACAGAGAAAAUGGUGUUCAUUGAAGAAGAGAUGAUUAAGCAGCUCCAUGCUUUAAUCGAAAACAUUGAUAGCCAACUGAUGAAGACUUUCAAGAAUGUGCAUCAAGGGUACCAAUCUGAGACUUUGGUGAGGUUUCUAAAAGCCAGGGACGGGAAUGUAUCUAAAGCCCAUAAAAUGUUGACUGACUGUUUGACCUGGAGGACCCAAAAUGAGAUUGAUAAUAUAUUAGCUAAGCCAAUCAUCCCUUCUGAGUUGUACAGGGAAAUUCGGGAAUCUCAGCUCGUAGGGAUGUCCGGAUACUCUAAAGAGGGCCUCCCUAUCAUUGCUGUUGGUCUGGGGCUAAGCACAUUUGACAAAGCAUCUGUUCACUACUAUGUUCAAUCACACAUCCAAAUGAAUGAAUACCGUGACCGGGUCAUAUUGCCUUCUGCUACCAAAAAAUUUGGGCGCCAUAUAGGUACAUGUAUAAAGAUAUUGGACAUGACUGGUCUUAAGCUUUCUGCUCUAAAUCAUAUUAAGCUACUGACUGUUAUAUCUACCAUCGAUGAUCUUAAUUAUCCCGAGAAGACUGAAACAUAUUACAUUGUUAAUGCACCAUACAUAUUUUCAGCUUGCUGGAAGGUUGUGCGCCCUCUUUUGCAAGAAAGAACUAGAAAGAAAGUUCAAGUCUUGUCAGGGUCAGGAAGAGAUGACCUGUUGAAAAUAAUGGAUUAUUCAUCAAUCCCUCAUUUCUGCAAAAGAGAGGGCUCCGGGUCUUCGAAGCAUUCUAGGAAUGGUACAGUGGAUAAUUGUUUUUCCCUGGACCAUGACUUUCACAAGCAGCUAUACAAUUAUGUUAAACAGCAAGCAGCGCAUUUAGCCCCCGAUGCACUAAAGAAAGAAGGGUCUUUUCAUGUAGACAUCCCCGAACCAGAUUCUCAUGACACAAAGAUAGCUGAAACUUUGGAAUCGGAAUUUCAAAGACUGGGAGAAAAUGGCAUUUCCAAGUCAGCUCCAUGAACAAAACCUGGGUCUGCACUAUUGUCUAGUCGGGUUUCUGUUCAGAUGAGAGAAUGUUACUACGCUUAGGCAUAAAAUAUCUUAGUAGUUCUACCGGCUGGCAGUUGGCAUCUUCUCGAUGCCGGCUGGAGUUUGGGUGGACAUUCAAUUGGAUAAUAAGUCAUAUUGCCUGAAUAUGCGAGAGCCUAUGGUUGCUCAUCAACAGCUGCUACUGCUUUACUAGUUAAAUUAAUGCCUGUUUAUGAAAUGCAUAAAGACAUUCAUAACAUUAAUCACGUUAGGACACCAAUGAAUAUGAAAGUAAUAACAAGACAAGCUGGUAGGGAUGUAGGAUCUACCCAAUUCCCGAGCCAUAUUUGAUAGAACUCUCUCACUUGAUCCCCAGAGUCCCACACUAUAUUGAGUUAUUGACAUAGCUAUGGGCCCAUCGUCCCUGAUUAUCAACUUAUCAAGAUCACUGAAGUGGGCCUAAAGUAGGGAUGGACUCUAGUCCGGGCUGGGUCCGGGUCGGGCCUAGGCCCGGGCGGGCCGGCGGUUCAAGAAUAGUGGACCCGGGACCGGCCCGGGUAGCCACCGGGUCCGGUCCGGACCUCCGGUUUGGAUUUUUUUUUUCUUUUUUUGCUUUCCUACCCCCCCCCCCCCUCACCCCCACCCUCCCAAACCCCCCAAACCCAUCCUACCCAUCAAGCCCAACCCGGGUGGAACCCCAAAAAUGAAAAAAAAAAAAAAAAAAUUCAAUUUGGCCCGGGCCCGACCCGGCUGGGGCGGUUCACCAAAAGUGAGACCUGAGCCCGGACCCGCCCUACCCCCCGGGCCUAGGCCCGACCCGGACUCGAGAACCGGGCCGGUCCCGCACAGUAGCGGGCCGGGUGGCCCGACCCGAUUCCAACCAUAGCCUAAAGUUUCAUAUUUAGGUAUUUUUUUAUAAUUUAUAAAUAUUUGCAUUUAUAUUAAAUUCAUGCAAGAGUUUUUUGUAUUGAGGAUCUUUUUGGGUGAGGACGUGAGGUAGGUGAAGCCCCAUCCACCACUUGUUUGCUCUUCUAUAGCUUUCUACGGACGGACUGACCUAGGG